AUGUUGACCAUAGAUUUUAGCACAGAGGGUAGCGGAAUGGACUCGAGCAGCAAGGGAUGCAAGUGGGAUAUGGACAGUGGCAUCACGGUAUAUCUUUCCCAAUUGGGAUUUCCCAUCGUUUACUGUAAGUCUAAUAGUCUCGUAGCAACAUACUCCGCUUUCUGUAGGGGUUAUGGAGACGCUUUUACCGAUAAGGUGGGUAGCCACAAUUGGAACGAAGAAGCAAUAGAUCAGAUGGCUAGGGACUUAGGUAUACCUUGGGAGACCCUGAAGUCUACAUUUUGUAGGGAUCUCGAGGGAAGAGGAGAUCAGAUACAACAGCUCAUGGAUUGGGUCAUCGAAUAUCUCGACACCGAGCUUCCAGAAUCCUCUGAAUCGGCAAGUACACUGAAACGAGCCAUGGCAUCUCGUCAACGUCUCCUUCUCGCAGAUGUGGAACAAACUUUUGAGAAAUUCAAUACAGAUCUCAGCAUGCUAAGGACCCUCGCAUUCUCCGGUCUCCGUACCUCCCUAAUCGGCAAACUCAUGGAGGCCAGCUACCUAGCAUGCAUCAAUGAAGGAGGCCGUGGAAGCGACGCCCGACGCAAAGCCAUUAUAAAUAGAAAACUAAACGACGAGGCGACCUUCGAAUCGCUACAAACGAGGCUGAGAACUAGCUUCAAGGCUAUUGUAGACAGCUUUCAAGAUGAUAUCCAGACUACUGUUGCAGGACAUCUCGCCGUCAUUAAAAAUACACUAGAUAUUGUCCGGAAUGAUAAUAUUGCUUUGGAGAGUGAGAAAGAGCCUGAGUUUAGGGCAAGGGUGGAGAGGAUGGUAGGAGGUGGUUAG